AUGGCACUAAAGUUCGCAAGCUUCAUCUGCCCUCCUAUUCCCACAGCAUUGCCAUCUCCGGACCCUUCGUCACCAGAUACGGGCCUCUGGUCUCCCCUGUGCUGCACUCUGGUCUACACGCCCACAUCGGCGCUGAUUAUCGAUUGCCCUCCUAGCAUAGCAGCCACCCGCGACCUGGCGGCGUGGGUCAAGGGUACCUUACCCGCAGGCUCUACACUGAAGCUAUUCUUGGCCACGCAUGCGCACGGCGAUCACUUUUUCGGCUUUCCGGUCCUGGAGGACCACUUCCCCGGUAUUCAAGCCGUGGCUAGCCGCUACGUCGUCAAGGGCGUCGAGUCUCAAUACGCCCCAGAGCUCUAUGAGGGCCUGUGGAAAGUGGCAUUCCCAUCGUCUCCCUCUGGUACUGGCCUUCCGGAGAGGCGGGUCAACUUUAAAGCAUUCCCUGAGUCCAACGAAAUCGACUUGGGUAGCGGAAGUCUUGUCAAGCUCCACGAUAUUCCGUACGCUGACACGCAUUACUCCUCCUUCGUCCAUGUCCCAGACUUGGGUCUUGUUGUGGCAGGCGACAUUGUCUACAACGGAGAUUGUUACCAAUACUUGGUUGAGGCGAACAACGCCGAGCGAAGAGCCAAGUGGAUUGAAGCAGUAUCUCAGAUAGCAACCUUGGAACCGGAAAUUGUCAUACCCGGACAUUCAUUCCAUGUGCGGACUGAGCCGGAUGAACAUUACGCCAAAGCCAUGUUAGAGUCAAACAAAACGUAUAUCAGGGGGUUUGAAGAGGAGCUUCAGAGAUCCAGUGGGGCUAAGGACUUGUUCUCGCGAAUGAGGAAACGGUUCAGUCGGUGGAAUCUCUGGAUCUUGAGCCAGAGCUCCGAGGCUGCUUUUGGCGCGGAUACUGCACAUCACAGCUGA